AUGAACAUAAUCGCGAAAACGCUGCCUAUUCACUUUGAAUUCGACUCGCAAUUUAAAAGCAACGUUGACAACUUCUGCAACUUGAAGGAGCUCCACAAAAUGUCUUACCUCAACGACCAUUUCCGACUCUCAAAUUGGAGGGACCUGCUGAACAUUCGCCUUCCACAAAUCCCCGAGCGGCCCAAUGUCAAAGAAGCAUAUUCAGCUUCUCUAUUCACUGCACCUACUCCCCCUGUCCCCACCCAUUUCAGACGCAAUGCCCAUCUUGAAGAAGACCUCUUCCGUCGCUUGGAUCGCUUUAUAUCGAUUAAUAACCUUGGAGAAUUCUCCGAGUUUGUUCAAACAACAUACACCUUCCUUUUGCAAGACCUGCCCGGGCCCUCCACCAUGCCGGACACGAGCCAUGGUGUUUCCAUCGCUGCUCUCGAAAUCACGCGCUUCAUUUGCACGCUCUGGAGAGACAUCCAUCCCGAGUUCUCUUUCAAUGGCUUCUAUUUCCCGAGGGGAGUGUCUGGGGCAAACCUAGACUUGACUUUGAAGGCCGACCAUAUCGCAAUCAGUGGGUUUUCUGCGGUGUUCCUCCCCCCGGGCGUCCUCCAGGAAGCUGUAAUAAAAGAAGUGAAUGGUAUGCAUCAAGUGGACCCGCAGACACAAAAUGCGCUUGAACAGCUCGGCACUAAGAUCGAGUUGCUGCAGCACAUUGUCUCGGAACCUGUCUACCCACUGAAGUUCCGGGCUGACCUCGACAUUCGGUUCGGCCUUCUCUUUGCCUAUCCUUUCUUCUGCAUCGUUGAAGACACGCAUCGCGACGCCCUCGGCUACCGCGCCCUCCUACUGUCGGACGUCACCAGCUGCGCUCCAUCAUCUCCCCCAGAAAGACACCACUUGGCGUCCCUCAUCGCGCUCUGGUUCGCGCUGUCAAUUCCAGAACAGGACGUACACCAUGCAGACGGCCGCAUCACUCUCGGUGUUGAACUUCACCCCCGAGUUACACCCAACUUGAAUCCAAGCGACCAGUCACCAGCUGAACCCAGCAACUCAACAUCCGCGACACCCAACUUGAAAGUGCUGGACCGUAUCCACGUGCGGUGGACUGGGAGUUCUUCUCUCAGCUUACCCAUAGCGGACAUGCGUCUCAUAUCUCGUCAGCAACUUGAGAUGCUGUCGACGGACUCGGAUGGAAGCGACGACGAUGAGGACGAUGAGGAAGAUUAUGACGAUUAUAACUCGGAUGACUACUCUGACGAAAUGGACGAUGUGGAGACUCCUCCAAGUAGUGACAAUUUCGACGGGCUGUCAAAUUUUAGUGGCUGCUCAUCCAGAAGCCCGACCCCAGUCUCACCAGAAAUCGCUGGGGAUCCCGUCCAACUUACGAUAACGGGAAUAACCGGUAGCGAUGACGCACAGCUCUACCAUGCAGUGUUGGACAUGGGCGGUACCAACCAACGGUCGAUUUUGCUGAAGGCCAUUGCACGAACACGAGCAAGUGAUUUAGCUGACGAACUCGCUACAUAUGAACGACUCGAUGCGAGAACGUCAGCAGACAAGUCCCCCAGCCUCGUUCCACAGUGCUGGGGUGCUUUCGAAGACCCGCGUUGUGCCUGGGUGGGAGCUAUAUUAGAGCAUUCGGAGAGCUGCCCGCCAUUCGAUUCGUUGUCCCCCAACGAGAAAAACGGUGUCUAUAAUGCUCUGCGUCGUCUCCAUAGUCUGGGUGUGCAACGCGGUUCUUUUCGCGAUGAAGAUGUGAGAAGGAGCCUGAGUGCCAACGGGGACUGGUGGAUCACGAGCCUGCAUGGGGCAAACUGUGAACAUCAGUGUCCCGGGGAGGAGUGCGCGGAACUUGCAGACGCACGAAAGGCUUUGGGACUGUGA